AUGUGGAACUGCCAUCCGUCGUCAUGGGUUAAACCCAAAUGUUUCAGUACUAUCCAGGUGAUUGUGGUUGCCGAGUGGAGGCCAUUUAGUGAUAUCGGGGGGAGGGGUUAUGUACUAUGUGAGCGUAAUACAUUACAGAUUGAAAAUAAGGCACCCACUGUGAUCUGGGCGAUUCUGAUGCUGGUCUUUUUCCUGUAUGAAAGCAAAAAAGGGAAGAAAAGGAAAGGAUCUAGAUGGGUUGAAGGCUGAACAGAAAAAUGCAAAAUAAGGGUAGAUGUGUCUUCUUUCCUACUUGCUGGAUUUAGCAAUUGCUUCAUAGCCAAUGGAGAUAUAUGAUCUUGCUAUAGUUGGUCAACGUUAUUUAUAGUGUCAGAAAAAAAAAAUCAAAGAAUAAGGGGUGGUCAAUUUUAAAAAUAAGGUGAAUUUCUGAUUAAAUUGUAGUAUUGAAAAAUAGACCACACCACUGGGUCAGCAACAUCAUAAAGACAUAGUAUUAAAGACAACAACAGCUUCAAAAAGCAAUGUACUUUAAGGUAAUUACCAUAAAGAGCAUUAAACUUUUGAACUUUGGCGAAGGCAAUCUACUUUAGUGACCAUCAUGUGCCAAUAUGUUAUAUGUACCAAUCCCUUUUAAAUUUGUGAUCCUUAUACUUGGUUAGUAAAUUAUGUUCCUGUACACAUAUAUGUUCAAUAAUAUGUGGAUUUUGAUGGAAAUGAAACA